AUGGCAGGUGUUGAUUACAUACGAGUGUGUGAGGAUGAAGAUGAAACUCCAAUCGAAGUUCCAAUAGAAGAAGAUGGAACCGUACUACUUACAACAUUGAACUCUAUCUUUCCAAAGUCAACUGGUCUGAAAUAUUUAGCCCCAGAAUCAGGCUGUUAUAGAGGCGUGCGACUGAACGACGGGAAACUUUAUGCACCAUCAGAUGGUUGGGUGCACGUUUACCAGUGCGCGUUCCCGAAAGACAAUAAAAGAAAAGGCAACGAAGACCAGAACUCUUCAACCUCCAAAUGCAAGAAGCUAGACGACAAAAAGUGCACGGAUCUAAUUGUAUUAAAUUUGGCUUGGAAAACUGAUGAGUCUGUACUUAGAGACUACUUUUCUCGAUAUGGCGACCUUGUGACAGUUCAGAUCAAACGUCACCCCGUAUCUCAAUUGAGUAAAGGAUACGGGUUUAUUCGCUUCACUGACAUCGAAUCUCAAGUUAUGUGUCUUUCUGAACGCCAUAGUAUUGAUGGCCGUUGGUGUGACGUAAGAAUCCCAAUUUCUAAGUCGGAGGGUGACCGUCAGGAAGUUUGUCGUAAAGUUCAUGUUGGCGGUAUUACUGAAUCGAUCACAGCUACCGUGCUCAGAGAAUAUUUCUCACAAUUUGGAACAGUGAUUGAUGUGUUUAUUCCCAAGCCAUUUCGUUCUUUCGCCUUCGUAUCAUUUGAGGAUCCUGAAGUUGCAGCAGAUUUACUGGGCAAAGAUCAGGUUAUAGAAGGAAUUUCGGUUUCUAUUGGCUCGGCUGUCCCCAAACUGCCUCCUCAGCAAAGUCGACAGAACCAUACGAUAUAUUCUGAUUCUCAAUAUGUAAACUCACACAACCCAUGGGCCUGGCCAUACCCUUCAAUGAUGAAUAGUCCAAAUUCUCGAGAUUUUAGCUAUAUUUCACGCCAUAUCAAAGACAAUACAACUCAAAUGGAAAUAGGAUUAAUAUGUAGAAAGGCUUUGAACGUCUGUGUUUGUCUGUACAAAAGAGAGUGA